GCUGCUCCGGACUGGUGCUCCCAGCGCAGCGCGGCCGCUUUGGGGCUGGCGGCCCCUGCCCGGCGCUGGCCAUGGGGCGAGUGGCGGCAGCUGGGGCCGUACUGGUGGCACUUGUGGUGCUGGGAGCCCCCCGGCCCGAGUGUCACUUCAUUAACGGCACGGAGAAGGUGAGGUUCGCGAUGAUCUACAACCGGGAGCAGUACGCACUCUUCGACAGCGACGUGGGGCUGUACGUGGGGGACACCCACGAUGGGGAAAAGGUGGCCCGGUACUGGAACAGCGACCCGGCUAGACUGGAGAACAAACGAACUGAGGUGGACUGGUACUGCCGACACAACUACGAGUGUCUUAUCGCGUUCAUCAUGGAGCCCCGAGGUGAGCGUGGGGCAGAGCGCGUCCCCUCGGGCCCUGUUCUGGCAAUGACCCUGGAGCCCCUCAAAACCUCCCUGGGAAUCGCCCCAGAGCCCUCAGCUUUCCUUGUGCCCAUCCCCGGGGCCGCCUGUCCCUGCCACUGA